AUGGGGCCUGGGCUGCUCGCGCGGGCAGGCGGCGGGUGCUGGUGGUGGGGCGCUACGCGGGGCCGGGCGGCGGGGCUGGGCGGGCUCGGCGGGUGGAGCCGGUGGGAGGCCGGAGGCGCGGGGGUGCGUGGCCUCGGGCCGGAUGGGGAGCCGAGGAGCGGCGGCGGCUUGGCGGUUGGCGGCCGGGGCGCGCGGUGUGGCGCGAUUAGGGGCACCAUUCCCUAUUCAUUAUUCCCAUCUGCAUCUGCAUCCGCCCGUAACGUCAGAAGUGAGAACCCUAGCCAGCUGACGUGCACCUUCGCGUGGAUCGACUCUUGCCGGCGGGGCGGACGCGGCAAGCCCACUACAGUCUACAGCAACACUGGUAAGAUGUCGAGUGAAGACAUUGAGAUGGGCACGGAAAGUGAGUCGUCCGACCUUGAUGUCCAGAACCAGGAGAAUGAUGUUCCGCAGAAUGGCGACGGCCAUGGUAAGGAGAUUGUGCAGGUGGAUGACGAACCUAUGGAUGGGUUAGAGAGAAAGAAGGAAGAGGGGUCAACUGCUGCUAACAAGGACAAGGAGAGUGGUGAUGCUAAGACACAGAGAAAAGAGAUGGCACCUAGAUCUGAUAUGUGGAAUCACUUCAACAAAGUCUUUGUGGAAGGUGUCUUGAUGAAGGGCAAGUGUAAGUAUUGCAAGCGUGAGAUCAAAGCACAUUCCGUUUUCAAUGGUACCACUGCCCUCAAUAAGCAUUUUAAAGUUUGCAAAAGAAAUCCUCACGUACAUCUUAAAGAUCAAAAGCAAGGUGUUUUGCAAGUAACAGAUUUUAUAGGGUGUUGGAAAUUUGAUCCUGAUAAACUUAGGGCUGCAUUCGCUCAAAUGGUCAUAGAAGAUGAGCUCCCAUUUGCGUUUGGUGAAAAAUCAGGCUUUAGGAAAUUUAUGGCUAUAGCUUGCCCACGGUUCAAACCGCCAUCUAGAAGGACCUGUACUAGGGAUGCGGUAGGGACUUAUUAUGAGGAGAAAGCCAAGGUGAAAUUAUUUUUCCAAGAGCAAUGUGAACGUGUUUGCAUCACAACUGAUUGCUGGACUUCACAACAACAAGAUAGUUACAUGACUGUCACUGCCCAUUUUAUUGAUAAUGAUUGGAAACUGCAUAAGAAGAUCAUUGGUUUUUUCAAGAUAAAGGGUCAUAGAGGAGAGGACAUUGGAAAACACUUGGUUACAUGUUUGAUGGAGUGGGGAUUAGAUAAAGUGAUGACAAUAACAGUUGACAAUGCUAGUUCAAACGACGGAGGUAUUGGUUAUGUAAGGAAGCACAUGAAAAAUUUAAUAGCAGGAGGCAAAUAUCUUCACAUGAGGUGUGCAGCCCACAUUGUCAAUUUAAUUGUUAGUGAUGGUCUCAAAGAGGUUGAUCUUUCUGUACAGCGUGUACGUGCUGCUGUGAGAUACGUCAAGAAUGGUACAACAAGGUUGGACAAAUUUAAGGAAUGUGCUGAUUUAGAGAAGGUGGAUAGCAAGGCAUUUUUAAACCUUGAUGUUUGCACUAGGUGGAACUCGACACACAAUAUGUUAAAGGCUGCAAUCAUCUAUGAAAAAGUGUUUGCAAGGUAUGCAGACGAAGAUCCAUGCUUCACCAUUGAUCUAAACAGGGAGAAAAAUGGUAAGGUUCAAGGGCCAGGGGUUCCCGAGGAGCAAGAUUGGGAUAAUGCUAAGAAGAUGGAUGAAUUCCUUGGACAUUUUGCCCAUAUCACUGUCCGUGUUUCUGCAUCACUUAAUGUGACGGCUAACACCUUCUUUCACGAGAUUGGAGAAGUCAACCUUUUGGUGCGCAACUGGCUUGAGAGUGAGGACCCUCUCCAAAAAGAAAUGGGGAAGAGAAUGAAGGAUAAAUAUGACAAGUAUUGGGGGAAGUGGCAUGACAAGGACUUGGAGAAGGACAUGGAGAAGGAGAAAGGGAAGGGGAAAGAAAAGGGAAAAGAGAAGGAAAACAUCAACAUGAUGAUCUUUAUGGCUGUUGUUAUUGAUCCAAGGUACAAGCUUUCUGAGUACACGGAGAUAGCUAUUGGGGAAAUGUAUGGUGAUGGAAAUGGCCAGAAAGUUUGGUCUGCAAUUAACAAGUGUCUAUAUGAGUUGUUUGAGGAAUACAGGGUCAUGUAUGCUCCUGUAGCGACUGAUUCAGCUCCUCAAUCAACUGAUACUCCACGUACAGAAGGUGGAAAAGGAGGUGCUGCAAGUCUGAUGAAGGAACUAAUUGCCAAGAGGAUGAGGCUGAAUACUGGUGCAAGCAACAAUAGCAAAUCUGAACUAGAGAAAUACUUAGCUGAAGAUUGUGAAGAUAUUGAGAGCACAAAUUUUGAUAUCCUAGCUUGGUGGAAGACAAACUCUUCAAGAUUUCCGAGCUGA